UGGAGGCGACCUAUCGACCUUUCCUGCGGCAGAUUCUAGAGGAAGUCUUUCACCCUGAUCGACGUGAAUGUCCUGACAUCGAGCACAUGUCUGGAGGUCUUACAGACCUGUUGAAGACCGGCUUCAGCAUGUUCAUGAAGGUGAGCCGUCCACAUCCUGGCGACAACCCUCUGCUCCUCCUCUUCAUGGUUGGUGGAGUCACACCAUCAGAACUUCGUCUCAUCAAAGAGACUGUUGCCACACACAGACCAGGGACCCAGGUGCUCGUUCUCUCCACCAGGUUACUAAGACCGACAGACAUCCCCGAGCUGCUCUUCGGCACCCAGAGACUGGUACCUGAUAUCGGUGUGUAAAAACGGAAACGCAGGUGUUAACACGCGGAUGAACACAUGCACCUCGAACAUCUAAACACUGAGGUGUGAAGAGGGCAUGAGAAAUUAAAAUGGCGUGUCAACAGACGACAUGCAAAUGAAGCAACAUUCCUGUUCUGUAAAAAGCCACCUCUCUAAGCGUGAGGCGUAAAAUUCCAUCAAAUGUUAAUAUAAAGCAAUAAAGUCACUUUUCAGACACCCAUGUGUGAUGUCUUUUAUUUGCAUAUAUACACAGGACACAAGAGGUCAAGUUAGCUGUUUAAAGCAGGCCUCUGUGUGUGAACCCAUUAGAAGUGUUAACAAUGGACAGCAUGCUGUUGUGGCCGGAAGAAUACACACUCUCUGUUAACAUCAUCCCAUCGCAAACAUCAUAUGGUGACAAAUAAGACCAGGAUAAUUAACAAAGCCUUUCACACUGCCUGCCAAGGCCGAUAAAUUGCUCACACUUAGACCUCACCUCCACCUUCCAUCCCUCCCACUCUCCCGUCUCUCUUUCUCUCCAACAUGAAUCAUCACAGCUAAAGCUCAGAAAUUCACCCACAACUGGGGCCGUUCUCGAAUCUCCCUCAUUUUGUCAAACACAGGUGUAAUUCAGCAAAUCCUCGUCUGGCAGGCUUGAACAGAAUUCCCUGAUUAGGUUCUGAAUUGCCAGUAAAAUGAUGCAAUUGCAUGUUUUAAUGGCAAACUGUUUUAAUAGAAUUUUCACCUCAUCUUUGGGACCGGUGCAGUUGUUCGAGGUCUCUAAUGAAAACAAGGUCAGCUCUGAAAGAGGGG